GCCCCCCGCUCGCGCGCCGGGGCCGGGCCCGGCGGCCCCCGCCUCCACGCUGCACCCCUUCUUCCCGCCCUGCACCAUGAACACCAACGUCUGCGUGGAGCCGGGGCCGGGCCCCGAGGCGCCGGGGCUGCCCAAGGAGAGCCACCUGCCCGAGGGCGCGCUGGGCAGCCUGGUGGAUUACAACUCGGAGAUGGAGCGCUACCGCUCCUUCGCCACGUCCUUCUACAAGAGCAACGGCGGCGCCUUCCCGCAGGCGGCCAAGAUCGCGCGCAUCACCACCCCCAUCUUCCCCAGCAGCGCCGCGGCCGCCGCGGCCGCCGCGCGCAUCGGCAUGGCCCCCUGGAACUGCGACAACGCGGCCACUGCGGCCGCCACGGCCAUGCUCUGGGGCAGCGGCGGCGCGGCCGGGGGCGCGGCGGGCGCGGCGGGCGCGGCGGGCGGCGGCCGGAAACCCGCGGCGGCCGCCGGCUCCGCGUCCGCGUCCGCGGCGGCCGCGCUGCUGCCCGCGGGGGGCGCCGGGGGCGGCGCCGGCGGCGGCGGCGGCGGCGCGGGGGGCGGUGGCGGCGGCGGCGGCGGCGGCGGCGGUGGCGGCGGCGGCGGCGGCGCGGGGGGCGGCGGCCGGGCCGGCCUGCACCACCGCAGCGACGCGCCGCGCCUGGCCAAGGCGGGCUGCGCGCCCGAGCCCGCGCUGCAGAUGGCCAACACCAACUUCCUGUCCACGCUGGCGCCCGAGCACUGCCGGCCGCUGGCCGGCGAGUGCAUGAACAAGCUCAAGUGCGGCGCGGCCGAGGCGGAGCUCAUGAACCUGCCCGAGCGCGUGGGCACCUUCUCGGCCCUCCCCGCGCUCGGCGGCCUCUCGCUGCCGCCCGGCGUCAUCGUCAUGACGGCGCUGCACUCGCCCGCCGCCGCCUCGGCCGCCGUCACCGACAGCGCCUUCCAGAUCGCCAACCUGGCGGACUGCCCGCAGGGCCACGCGGCGUCCUCGUCGUCCGCCUCGUCGGGGGGCGCGGGCGGCGCCAACCCCGCCAAGAAGAAGCGGAAACGCUGCGGGGUCUGCGUGCCCUGCAAGAGGCUCAUCAACUGCGGCGUCUGCAGCAGUUGCAGGAACCGCAAGACCGGACACCAGAUCUGCAAGUUUAGGAAAUGCGAGGAGCUCAAGAAAAAACCGGGCACUUCGCUAGAGAGAACACCUGUUCCCAGCGCCGAAGCAUUCCGGUGGUUCUUUUAAAGCUAAAGCAGAGAGUAGUAGAUCUUAUUUGCAAGGCAUUUGGAAGUGAGAGCGUACUAAUGUCUUGUUUUAAGAAACUGCUUAGUCACCACUGAAGAAAAUAUCCAGAUAUUAUUUUCAUUUUAUGUAUAGGGGUUUCUUCAAAAAAAUAAA